AUGGGAACUGCUCGUUACGAUGGAGCGAUCACUGUGUUUUCCCCCGAUGGACAUUUGUUUCAAGUGGAGUAUGCUCAAGAAGCCGUGAAGAAGGGUUCGACCGCUGUUGGCGUUCGCGGCCAGGAUUGUGUUGUUCUUGGAGUGGAGAAAAAAGCUGUCGCAACGUUACAAGAAGAUCGAACAAUCAGGAAAAUUUGCCUUUUAGAUGAUCACGUAGUUUUGGCCUUCGCUGGUGAGCUCUCAGUUUCUCCUCAGUGGUUAAGGUCAGUAGAAAAAACGCUCUCUUACGCAGGUUUAACGGCAGAUGCGAGAAUACUUAUUAAUCGAGCCAGAACGGAGUGUCAGUCGCAUCGUUUGACGGUGGAAGAUCCAUGUUCGUUGGAGUACAUUACCAGGUAUAUUGCUGGUUUGAAGCAAAAGUACACGCAGAGCAAUGGGAAGAGACCAUUUGGAAUAACAUGUCUGAUCGCCGGAUUUGAUAAUGACGGAACACCCAGACUGUACGAAACGGAUCCAAGUGGAACAUAUCAUGAAUGGAAAGCAGAUGCAACAGGUCGUUCCGCAAAAACGGUUCGUGAGUUCUUGGAAAAGAACUACGCGGCAGAUGGUAUGAAAUCGAAUGCCGUCGCGGUCAAGCUUGCAAUUCGUGCUUUGCUCGAAGUUGUGCAGAGUGGCAGCAAAAACCUCGAAGUUGCGGUUAUGGAGAGGAACAAGAAAAUGCGGAUGCUCGAACUUGAAGAAAUUGAGAAAUUUGUUGCUGAAAUCGAGAAGGACAAAGAAGAAGAAGCGGAAAAGAAGAAGUCUAAGAAGUAG